UCAAUAGCAGCUAGCAACCCUAAUCCAUAUUCUCAAAGAAUUUUUAUUUAUAAAUUUUGUGGUUAUGACACAUGCCGACGUGGGCUGAUUCCCAAAAUUUCGUAUUAAGUUUGAUUGACCCCUAACUAAUAGAGUAUUCCAAAUUCAAUCCCUGCAGCAAAUCUGAUAUUUGUUAAUUUUUAAUGGAGCUUUCAUGCCAAGUACAGAAUUAUGACUGGGGCAAAAAGGGAUCCCAGAGUAUAGUGGCUCAGCUGCAAAAGAGUGCAGAUCCAGUGUUUCAAAUAGAUGAAGACCUGCCUUAUGCAGAAUUAUGGAUGGGCACCCAUGUAAAUGGUACUUCCAUUGUGAAAAAAACCAAGGAAAAGCUCUCUGACAUCAUUAAACGGCAUCCAAAUUACCUGGGAGAAGGUGUCCUAGAACAAUUCAAACAGGAACUACCAUUUCUUUUUAAAGUUCUUUCAGUGAAUAAGGCUCUGUCUAUUCAAGCUCAUCCCUCAAAGAGUCAUGCUGAAGAGCUACAUUCCAAAUUUCCUGAUAUUUACAAAGAUCCAAAUCAUAAGCCUGAAAUGGCAAUAGCUCUUACCCGUUUUGAAGCAUUGUGUGGCUUUAGACCACUAGCAGAAAUUAAGAGCUUUUUUGCAUUGGUUCCUGAAUUAUCUGAUAUUGUUGGUUGUGAAGCAUUAUUAGAAGAUUGUACUUUAAUUAAAAAAGCAUUUAGGGCUGUAUUAACUUGUGAUAAAGGAAAAAUAACUAAUAUAAUUAAUAAUAUCCUAGAAAGGUUUGGAGAGCAUGAUGAAUUUCAAAGGGAUACAGUAUAUGCUGAACUUGUGGAGAGACUUCAUUCCCAAUUCCCUUAUGACAAUGGUGUUCUUAUGGUGUAUUUCCUAAAUUAUAUGCAAUUAAUGCCAGGUGAUGCAAUAUUUCUGGGUGCUAAUGAACCUCAUGCAUAUUUAUCUGGAGACUGUAUUGAAUGUAUGGCAUGUUCUGACAAUGUUGUAAGGGCAGGGCUUACACCGAAGUUUGUGGAUGUAAACACGCUUUGUUCCAUGCUCUUGUAUCAAGGAUCUCCAAAAGAAGACAAGCUUUUUACACCUAUCAGGGAAGAUGAUUGCACAAUGAUUUUUAGGCCUCCUGUACCAGAUUUUGCUGUUAUACUAAUUAAAGUUUCUACUUCCAAAUUUACCCAUUACACUCCAAAAGAGAGAAGUUCAGCGAGCAUUUUGUUGUUUGUUAAUGGAGAAGCCACCUAUGUAAAUGGUAUAGUUGUACCAGGAACAGUUCUUUUUAUUCCAGCCAAUACUGUAGUACAGUUUUCAAAUUUAAAAAGUGAUUUGCUUAUUUAUCAAGCCAUUGCCAAUGUUUAAUAAAAAUUUAAGAUUUA